AUGGCCUAUGUAAGCCCUCAUGAAAUCUCGAUAACAAACGCACCAUGGUCCAGUCGGGACACCGAAAUCUACACCCAGGAGCAGUAUGCAUAUUACAGAUCAAUCAAUAUCGACAAUCAUGACAUUUUGCCACACUCCAGCUUCGAACAAGUGGCACCAUUGAUUGAUUUCUAUCAAUCCUGCCCCAGCAGACAGCAAUUAAUGCCAGCUCCAUACUGUGAAGAGCCUCACGAGACAGCAAUUAAUGCACCAUGGCCAGGAUCAGUUGACGAAUUUCAACGCCAAGAGUCGCCCGAUAGCUCGAUAUUUUCUAGCAGUUCCAGCCCACAUGCUCCAGGGGAGAUAUCGCCGCGCAUACAUAUUGUCUCAUACUCAUACGGAAGUUCAGCUACGCAGCUACCGCAAAAUUUAUCGCAUCAGCACCUCUACAAGUACGAAGAGCAUGUCUCAAAGUGGAGGUGUGGCGGUGGAGAUUCUGUCAUUGCUCUCAACCAAAUCCAGCGCGUUGCGGACGAGCAAGACGUUCCUGUGAACGUUGAAUGUCUGGACGACUUUAGUAAUGGAACACACCCACUCACAUACAAGGCUGAAUCAUACGAAUACGAUCUCGAUCUUAGGUACGUGCCAGAUCGCGAGGACUCUGGAGUGGGCGAGUCCAUUCGUGACGCAGAGUCUGUCAUUUACGCGUCGGAGAAGGAAUCUAGUUCAGAGGAUGACAAGGAAUAUACCCCUCGAAAGAGGCAAGCAACGUUUCGCAGGCGUGGCGGAUCUCAAACAAGUAGUGGGAGCACACUUUCGAGACCUACAAACUCAACUACUCGCUCUCCUGCAGGCAGAAAAAGAGAUGUCCAGACCAGUGCUGGGCACAAGCGGAAGCGGCGUACACCUACCCCGAGCGACCUAAAGCCCAAGCCAUUCACUUGCUGCCUUUACAAGUAUGGCUGUAAAGCAACCUUUCCGACCAAGAACGAGUGGAAGCGUCACGUCGCCACAAAGCACAUACAGGCCAACAAUUGGCGCUGCGACAUUUGCAUUGUCGGCAUCGUUGAUGGCAUGGAACGUUACAACGACUUCAACAGGAAGGAUCUAUUCACGCAACAUCUACGCCGAAUGCACCGCGAAGGUACUAAGAACGGCGUCGUUCCAACUAAGGAAAGCGGAAUUCCUCCAGUCACAGACGAGACUAUGGGGCAGCACCAAGAGCGCUGCCAUAGUACAGGUGAAGGCUCCUGGGAGAAACGCAUGGAGCACGUGGGUAAACAUCUCGAGGAAGACAGAACGCUCGGCAAAGACCCCACAGGAUGGCGGCCUGACGCCAGACUUGAGAAGUACCUGGAAGAGGAGGGUUUGGUCGAGCGACGUGGCAAUAGCUGGGUGCUUGGGGAUGGAAUUACCAGGAGAGAAGAGCUUGACGACGAAGAAAAUGACCGACUAGCACCUACAAUGGCUGGUUUGAACGGACCUCUCUCCACACGUCUCAUCUUCAGGUCCCGAUGGCGUGACGCGAGAUUCACGAUAGUAGGCAAUCUAUCGGAUCUUCCCAGUGCGGCGUACCGCUCAGUCGGCAACGUGCAGGAGCGAAUAGCUGGAUCCCCGGGACAUCAAGAGGCCAUGGGGAAGCGAGGCACUAAAGGAAACGGCUAUCGUGCUGAUUGGGUGACUAGUAAUGAGAGCUGUGAAGAAGUCUGGUAUUGCGAUGUGUUAAUUUUUAGUGCUUGGAUGUUCGUUUUUGCGAUGGCUAAUACUCAAACCGCACUGAUAUUUGCCCAUGAACAUCACCGAUCUGCUGUGGGACGAAAGGAAAUUGAUGGCAUGAUUGCCGUUCUCCAUGUUGAGUAA